GUUGCAUUUACCGCCCAAUGAUUUUUCGCAAGAGAAACUGAGAAAGGCAUUCUGGGUGAAUUUGAAAGAUGGCGGACGACGCUGAGCAGCAACAGACCACCAACACUGUGGAAGAGCCUCUGGAUCUGAUUCGGCUCAGUCUGGAUGAGAGGAUCUAUGUGAAGAUGAGGAAUGACAGGGAACUGCGCGGCAGACUGCAUGCCUAUGACCAGCACUUAAACAUGAUCCUCGGAGAUGUUGAAGAGACAGUGACGACAGUGGAAAUCGACGAGGAGACGUAUGAGGAGAUUUAUAAGUCAACGAAGCGGAAUAUUCCCAUGCUGUUUGUUCGAGGGGAUGGAGUGGUGUUGGUGGCGCCGCCUCUCAGAGUCGGAUAACUUCAGUUGCCUGUACACAACUAAACAACACAAUUAUGCUUUGGACUCUAAAUUCUUCAUGGACCUUUAUGUGGAUUAAUAUUUCGUUUGGAACCUCAGAGGGUGAAUCUGUUUGUUUUGCAAGCUUAUUUUUCAUUUGACAUUUUUGGACAACCUGUUUUGGCAGAAAAUUUGCACCAUAUGUUGACAUUAAAAUACUUGAAGUGCA